AUGGGGGCCUGCCAGUCAUGCUGCGGAGGCAAAUCUCGCGAUGGACUCUACGAGCCAGUAUUGGCUGACAGCGAAAGAGAAGCUGUCGCCGAUCUCUUGCAAUACCUCGAGAAUCGCGGCGAGACCGACUUUUUCUCUGGCGAACCCCUUCGAGCCCUGAGCACCCUCGUCUUUUCCGAGAAUAUCGACUUACAACGAAGUGCGAGUUUAACAUUUGCUGAAAUCACGGAACGAGAUGUUCGCGAGGUCGACCGCGAUACUCUGGAGCCUAUUCUCUUCCUGCUCCAAAGCCACGAUGUCGAAGUUCAAAGAGCAGCCAGCGCGGCGCUUGGAAACCUGGCUGUUAAUACCGAGAACAAAGUCUUGAUCGUCCAAUUGGGUGGUCUGCCCCCACUCAUACGUCAGAUGCUUUCCCAGAACGUUGAAGUCCAGUGCAAUGCCGUAGGAUGCAUCACGAACCUGGCCACUCACGAAGACAACAAGGCAAAGAUCGCACGAUCUGGAGCAUUAGGUCCACUCACAAAGUUGGCCAAGUCAAGGGACAUGAGGGUUCAGCGAAACGCAACUGGUGCUCUUCUCAACAUGACGCAUUCAGAUGAAAAUCGACAACAGCUUGUGAACGCAGGCGCCAUCCCCGUACUCGUACAACUCCUAUCGUCUCCCGAUGUCGAUGUUCAAUAUUAUUGCACGACAGCACUCAGCAACAUUGCCGUCGACGCUAACAACAGGCGGAAGUUAGCUGCGUCCGAGACCAAACUCGUCCAGUCGUUAGUCAACUUGAUGGAUUCCUCCUCACCUAAAGUGCAAUGCCAGGCGGCAUUAGCGCUUCGAAAUCUAGCCUCGGACGAAAAAUACCAACUGGACAUUGUCCGAGCGCAGGGUUUGAAUGCAUUGUUGCGCCUGCUCCAGUCCUCUUAUCUCCCUCUCAUACUAUCCGCCGUUGCUUGCAUACGCAAUAUAUCGAUUCACCCGUUGAACGAAUCGCCCAUUAUCGAAGCUGGCUUCUUAAAGCCCUUAGUUGAUCUCCUAGGCUCUACCGACAACGAGGAGAUUCAGUGCCACGCCAUAUCGACCCUCAGAAAUCUCGCUGCUAGCUCUGAUCGCAACAAAGCUCUGGUGCUCGAGGCCGGUGCGGUACAGAAGUGCAAGCAACUCGUUUUGGAUGUUCCAGUUACCGUUCAGUCGGAGAUGACGGCUGCCAUCGCCGUCCUUGCUUUAUCCGAUGAUCUCAAGACGCACUUGUUAAAUCUUGGCGUGUUUGAUGUCCUAAUCCCUCUUACGCAUUCAGCAAGCAUCGAGGUCCAAGGAAAUAGCGCUGCUGCUCUUGGCAACCUCUCUUCCAAAGUUGGCGAUUAUUCUAUCUUCAUCCAAGACUGGACCGAACCAAACGGUGGUAUUCACGGCUACUUGAGUAGGUUCUUGGCUAGCGGAGACGCUACAUUCCAGCACAUUGCCAUUUGGACGCUUCUUCAGUUAUUGGAGUCUGAGGACAAGACUCUGAUAUCACUUAUUGGAAAGUCGGAUACGAUUGUGGAGAUGAUUAAGCAAAUCGCAAAUCGACAAGUCGAGUCAGAUAACGAAUUCGAAGAAGAUGACGAGGGUGAGGUGAUUAAUCUUGCGCAGCGCUGCCUGGAGCUUCUCGGUCAGAGCAUGUCCAAGGCGCACAUAGAGGGCUAA